GCGAGGAAGGAAGGUCAACUGGAUUCCCCUUCUCUGGCUCCUGCAACCGGAAUCCCCGCCCGAGGGAGGGCCGGAGACCCGGAGAAACGGAGACCGAGAGACGGACUCCGGGCCGCCCACGUCCAAGGGGAGAGUGGCGAGGCUCCCAGGCCAGCCGCCCUCAAUCUGCCUUUCCUGGGUCGGGGUUCGCGGGAAGCGAGGAGUGGGGCGGAGGGCCUGGGCGCCCCCGAGCUUCCCGCCCGCGCAGGGUCGUCUGGUCGCCGGCGGGCGCUGGAGGAAGGCGAGCGGGCGGGCGUCGCCCGGACCAGGAGGGGGCGCUCGAGAGAAGCAGUGAACGCCCAGCCCCGACCCCUGGAGCCUCCUGGCCGUCGGCCCGCCCACCCCAGCUGACGCCCUGUCUCAGGACCCCAAUCCACCCGGUCCCCGUUUCAGACUCAGCGCAGCGGCAGUGCGGCCCACCAAGGGCAGAGGGACUCCGUUCUGGACCUGCCUCUCACAAAGGAUCAGCACGCGAGGACAAAGUAUAGGACCGAGGUCUCCCACGCUGCAGCCACCUUGCCCAGAUCAGGCCUCUGCUGAUCCUGAUGUGAUGCCGCCUCCCUGGUCCUCCUCCUUGGAAACUUGUGCAAAGAGCUACGGCCAUUCCAUGGCCAGAAGAUGGAGGCACCAAGAUUUGGACGCACCCAACAGUGGCAGCAGCAUGAGUGCCCCCCAGCCCGCCGUGCCAGAGCUGAGCCCAGCUGAGGAGGCUGGAGGCCUGGCAGGAAAGGCCAUGGUGGGUGCCAGGGAGAAGGGCCCUCGGAUGGGCCAGCGGCUGCCCUCAAUCGUGGUGGAGCCCAGCGAGGCGGGUGCCGUGGAGAGUGGGGAGCUGCGUUGGCCUCCGGAGGGCGCCCAGAGGGGGUCCGCCCAGAGCCAGGCUGCUGCCGCCUCCUCACUGCAUCUGCCGGGAGCACCAGGGAACGUCCCAGACGACACUGGCAACAAGUGUGCCAGCUCUGAGGACCAGUGCCCCUGCACCCAGUGAUGGGACAAGGACAUGGCCAGAUUCUGCUAUCCCUGGGCUCUGACAGCUGAGAGGGCCUCAGCCCC